AACAGUUCAACAAUCGAUAUAGUAAAGAGUAAAGAACUAGAAGGAAGUGUAUGUUUUGCACGAAAAAUGCAUAUUUAUUGAAAGACAAUGGCAAAAAUAGUACACCUUAUAAGUAAAACACCAAAGAUUAUGGAGCAAGUUUUUGCUAGAAACAGAAAAGCAGAAGAAGAAAGACAGCAAGAGUGUGCAGCUGCCAUAAAAAUUCAAGCCUGGUUCCGAGCUGUAAGAGUCAGAGCAUAUGUCAAAUUCCUACACCAUUGUGCAACAAAAAUUCAGAAAGUAUGGCGUGGCUGCCUAGGACGUGCUGCCUUCAGGGUUAUGAUUAAGAAAUUGAUGAUGGAAAUGCAAUUAAAUUUCUACAAUGCAAUGGCAGUUAGGAUUCAGAAAAUCUGGAGAGGUUACUACACCAGGAAAUAUAUUCACAAUUACUACAGUCGAAAGAAGUAUCUGGAAGGACUUGUUAUUAAGAAUGAAUUUGUUAGACAACAAUUACAGGAGUACAGUGAGCAAAAGGCUGCAGAGGGUGAACGAGAACUACAACAAAAGAUGAAAGAUAAAUUGGAAGCAGAAGCUCAGAAGAAACAUUACUUGCUCAGCACUGAAGUGAUCCCAGGCAUCUAUAAUUCACCUUUCCAGCCCUACCCAGAUGAGAUGGAGUACCUAUUGAGAGGUGUGAAGCCAAGACCACCAAAAGGUCCUAAACUAAAAAGAGAUAACCGCUCUGGAAAGAUUGUUGCAGCCAGCCCACCUUUACCACUCACAACCCCACUUCCACCAAUAGGCCAGAAACCACAGGGCCCAUUCCGAACACCAGAUGAGGUGCUUAAGCAGCGAUACAAACCUCUGCAGCCGACACUGAGAGUAGCAACAUCAUUCGCAUCGGUUGAAGAAGCAAGAGAUGCAAUGAAGAUGAAGGAAUGGGUGAUGAGAGUGAAUGAUAACAUAUUUUUGCCAUGUACUAAAAGGCAUAGAGAUUAUGAUCCUCUUUUACACACUACAUCAGCUUAUGGACAUUUACCAUAUGGAACCAAAUAUUUUCGACACACGGAUAAAUCACAAAAUAUCACAACAGAGCGGUUUCAUCGGGUCGUCUCGCCAAUACCUGUGUUUGAAAAGCUGAAUGAUAAUUAUUCAAAAGGGACAGAAACUGUACCAUAAUGAUUCAGAUAAAGAAACAAUUAAUAUUAUUAAAAACAUUUAUUAAAGUUUCAACGACACAAUGUCAAAUGUUUCGUGUCAAUGUUGACAUUUUCAUUUUGUCAAGUACUGUAUUUCAACAAAGCCAUCUGAUUGGAGGACACUGAAGGCAUGUCUCUACAAGAAAGCACCGUAUGUAAUUAGGCUUGAUCAGUUUAGCCAUCUGAUUGGAUGACGCUGAAGGCGUGUCUACUUGAAAGUACUGUAAUGUAAUUAGGCUUGACAAACUCAUUAUUGACGUAUAAAAAUAGCAAUUAGUCCCCCGUAUCAAAUUAUAUUUUAAUCUAAAAAAUGUUAAAAUAACACUAAAAAUAGAAUGAUAUAAUAUUAUCUAUCAUUAUUUAUACAGUAUCAAAAUUUAAAACAUUAAAAUCCAUUUUAAAGAUGCUUGAACACGGUUUAAUGUCCAAUUGGCAUCCUUUAAUGUAAAGGAAACAUACAUUUUCAGUGUUACAAUGACUUUCAGAUAAAAAAAUAUACAUGUCUUAGAAUAGAUAUAAAUAGAAUAUAGACAAAAUGGGAUAAUUCAAAGAACUGUGUAAACAUUAGAUGCUACGUUUACAAUGCAAUUUGAGCAGAGUUUUAGUCUUAGUUUUUACUUUAAACCAAAAAAUUGAUGGGAUUUUUUUUGUAAUAUAAUGUAUAUCUCUUGAUAAAAAUGUACUGUAAAUAUGAAAAUAAAAGUAUUAAUGGGUUCUUA